ACUUUCAUCCCUUUAAAUUAACAGUUAAACUAACAGAUAAAAAGAUCAAAUUUCCUAAAUCAAACUCUUAAACUUUAUACAUAACACAAACAUACUCUCUUUCUCUCUCUCAUCAUAAAUGAUCACCCCAUAAUAAUUAAGCGCUUAUUCUAUUUCUCCUUCCAAACUCCCCAUAAUAAAGCAUUCUAAAUCUCCCACAACAAGUCCUCAUCUUUCUACCCAAAAUUCCAAAAAAAAAAAAAAUGGUACCUUCUUCUUCAUGCAUUCAUCACCUAACAAACCAACCCAUCUGGCUUCUCCUUCUCUCAUCUCUAGGUUUCUUCAUCUUUCUCAAACAAGCCACCUCUCUGGCCAACUGGGUUUUCAUCGUCCUCCUCAGACCCCCUAAAAACCUCAAAAGAUACGGCUCAUGGGCUAUGGUCACCGGCGCCACCGAUGGCAUAGGAAAAGCCUUCGCCUACCAACUUGCCCAACAAGGCCUCAACUUAAUCCUAGUCAGCCGCAACUCGGCCAAGCUCAAAUCAGUCUCGAAAGAAAUCCAAGCAAAUUAUCCCACCACCCAAAUAAAAACCAUCGCCUUCGACUUCUCCGUCGGUAGCUUGGGUGGUAUGAAUGAGCUGCUAGAGGAGGAGAUCAGAGGGCUGGACGUCGGCGUUUUGAUAAACAACGUUGGGGUGACGUACCCAAGUGCUAGAUUUUUGCAUGAGGUGGAUGAGCAAGUGUGGACGAAUGUGGUAAAGGUGAAUGUGGAGGGCACAACCAGAGUGACCAUGGCGGUUUUACGAGGAAUGGUUGAGAGGAAGAGAGGUGCCGUUGUCAAUAUUGGGUCCGGCGCAGGCAUUGUCGUGCCCUCACAUCCUCUCUUCACCGUCUACGCCGCUACCAAAGCUUAUGUGGACCAAUUGUCAAGAUCCCUCCACGUGGAAUAUAAGCGUUAUGGCAUUGAUGUGCAGAGUCAGGUGCCUUUAUACGUAGCAACAAAGCUGGCGUCAAAGGUGGCAUCCAUCGAGAGGUCAUCUCUAUUCAUACCCACGCCACAUGCGUAUGCCAAAGCAGCGAUUCGGCGCAUUGGGUAUGAGGCCCGCUGCACACCGUUUUGGGCUCACUCUCUUCAGUGGUGCUUGGGGAGCUUGGUCCCUGAGUCUCUUCUUGACGCUUGGCGCCUCUCUAUUGGCUUGAAAAGAAGGGCCAAGCUACACCAUGCAUAACUAGCUAGCUAGCUAUUACUACUAAUUUCUAUGUUGUUUCUAGGGAGACUUUGGAAAAGUCCAAAGGAGAGAGAAAAUUUUUAAAA